AUGCAGCCUUUCUCCCUAACUUUGCAAUGCAUUCCAUGGCUUGUGGUCCUCAUCAUCGAAUGUCUGGCCAUUGUCAUCCUUAAUAUCAUCACCAUUCUUGUUUUUGUGAAGAAGAAGCGUCAGCUACAGCGGCAGAGUACAUAUUUGAUCAUCCAUCUGACGAUUGUCGAUCUCUUAGUGGGCGCAGUCUGUGGGCCGCUGCAGAUUGAAAUAAAGAUGGAGUGGUAUUGUUCUCUAUGGAAUUACAGACGAAAGACUAUUUGGUCCAAUCGUUUAUCUUUUGUAUUUCUACAUUUAUUCUAUUUUACUUCCCUUACAAAUCUUAUUGCUAUUUCCUUAGAGAGGUUACACGCAACAUUUUGUUCAUUCAGGCAUCGCUUUGUGAGCAAAUGGGUUUAUAGAGCCAUAAUUAUUGUCAUUUGGUUAAUACCUAUCGUUAGAGAAGCCGCUCAAAUUUUUUUAUGGGAAAUUGCUGAUCGAGCUGAACUUAAUACAUACUUGUAUAUCCUAUUUUAUGCAGUUUCUCUAUUUUUUAUCUGUGUAUCUUACAUCCUCAUUGUUAUCAAAGUAAGAUGUAGUCGUCAUCCUCAAAUCCAUUCUAGGUCCAGAAGGGAAAGCAAACUGACGGGUACUGCGCUUAUCGUCUCACUUGCAUCGUUACUUUGUCUUCUACCAGGGACAAUCAUGUUUGUAACAUGUAUUCACCUUUCCUCCGCUUGUUUUAAGAUGCAUCAUGUUCAUAUUAAUAUGGCUGUGGUAGUUCUAUUUCUAGCCAACUCACUUGUAAAUCCUAUAAUUUACGCUCUUCGGAUGCCAGGAUUCAGAGAGGGUUUAUCACAGCUAGUUUGCAAGGUCCCAGACCUUUCUCGUAUCGCCCCAGCAAACCUGCCUCUUCGCAACCUUAGGAGAGCGUAG